AUGAAUAAUGAACUGUUUGUACAGCUAUACAAGGAAGCUUUUCAGGUCGGCGCAAUGUUCCACCUAACCAAGUUUCAGACAGACACUCUGGAAGCGAAAAUGGCAGAAGUGAGAAAAAAAUUCAAGGGUAGAGAAGUUUUCUUGAAAAAGCUCAUUCGAAAUGAAGUGUCCGUGGCAGUCCUGUUUCAGAAAAAACUGUGUAAUAUUCAAGAGAUGCUGAAACAGGAGGAGCUGGACCUUACUGAAAGGAAAGCACUGUACACACUGAUAUUAGAGCAAUUCAAAGAGCCGCUGGUUGAAUUAGAACAAGAGGCUGUCCGAGUCAGAAGUGUCCAUCAACAACAUUAUAAUGAAAUUAGCCAAAUAAUGGAGAAGAGAAAAUCUAUUAGAAAAAAUGUGGAAAAGGCAAAGAAAAAACUGAAAGUUAGGGGGAAGAAAACUCAUGAGACAUUAAUAGAAGCCGAAGAAAAAAACUCAACAAUGUUUAAAGAAAUUUUUGAUACAAAGAACAAAAUAACUAUUCUACAAGCCAAAAUGAACAAAUUAAACAAGGAUUUAAUGUUAAAAGAAGAGGAAAAGAAACAGUGUGAUGAAAGACUUGCAAUUUUAAAGGAAGAGUUAAAAAGUGUAAGAUACAAAAAAGAACAUACACAAGCUGUGUUUGAUCAAAUUGAGGGUGAUAAAAGAAACUCUAAGGAGAGAUUAUAUGAGGAAGAAGACAGAUUUAAAAUACUGGUAUCUAUGAGACAUAAAACCCUGAAUGAACUUAAGCUCUGUGCGCUGCAAAAGAGGAUGCAUAAGGUAUGGGAGACGCUCUUCAAACUGGUGUCCCUCUACAGUGAGACGAGGCUGGCCAAGUUCCAGGCAUGCUCUCAAGAGAGUAUUCAGAAAAUAUUAGCUGUGCAGAAUGAAUCUUCAAAUUUGAUACAGCACAUCUUCGCUUUCUUCCAGUCUUUACCAGAUGGACUGUGUGAAGAGAAUGAUGGUUAA